AUGGCCCCAACCACGUCCAAAUCUCUGAUAGAACAAGCUGUCAGCGUCACAUCCUCGGCUUCUGUUCGACCGGAACGGUUCACAAAUACUUAUCCACUAUGGCUACCACCUACAGCUCGUGGCAUAUACGGAGGUACAUUCAUCUCCCAAAGCCUAAGCGCAGCUCAGUCAACUGUGCCUGCCGACUUCACAGCCCACUCGAUCCAGAGUCAGUUUGUUCGUGCCGGGACCUACGAUAAGCCCCUGGUUUACGACGUCGACCGGGUAAGCGACGGUAGGAGCUUCGCUGUGCGCUCUGUCAAAAUCUUGCAGAAGGGUCAAGUCGUGUUCGUUGCUAUUGUCGGAUUGACACGAGCAUCAGACCAAACAAGCCGGGCAAUUGCGCACGCUGAGCCAAUGCCUCCUAAUGUUCCACGGCCGUCAGAUGAGAUAUCCGAGCUUGAGUCGGCACUUGAUCCGCGGCCAACUCACCACAGAGGUGCCUAUGUGACCAAGAGAGUAGGCAUAACUAAGUCAACCGGGUCACUCCCCGAACGGCGCAUACACCAAUGGUUCAAGUCUCGCCACCCGCUCUCAUCGUUCAGUGGGCUCCAGGUGCAGCAAGCCGCGUUGGCGUACAUGUGCGACAACUACCUGAUUCAAGCUGCGCCGCAUGUUAAUCGUUUCUUUGAUUUUGUGCGGCCGCCGCAGAGUGAAGCCGAUAUAGGAGGAAGGGAUCUGGCUUUCGGGUCGCGGUCGCACGAUACCAUGCCGGCGUCCGAUCGUGAGAAAGCGGAAAAGGAAGGCAGGCCGCGUAUCGGCAUGAUGGUGAGCCUAAGCCACACCAUGUACUUCCACCACCCGAAGCAUGUAAAAGUGGAUCAAUGGAUGCUGUCCGAGGUAGGUAGUUACUGGACCGGCGAUGGAAGGGGACUCGCAACGCAGAAGAUCUGGUCGAGUGACGGCGUCCUGCUUGCCAGUUCCUACCAGGAAGGUGUGAUCAGACUAGCUGAGGAUGAUCGGGACAUUGAGAUCGGUCGACUCGAGAACAAGACCAGCAACAGCAAGCUUUGA